UCGAAAAAGUCACAAAAUUCGAACAAGCAGGUAGCUCCAAAGAAAACAAACCACCGGCAAAAUGCCUCUUUACAAGAAACCCGAAAAGGAAAAGAAUCAAAAUAUUCAAGUUGCUGUUCGAUGUCGACCAAUCAAUGGGAUAGAGAAGAAGCAGGGGUCGUAUGCAGUAGUGGAUACAAAUGGAGAUAAGAAAGAAGUGACAGUCAAAGAAAGACUAGGAGUGAGCACCCACACAAAGACCUUCACCUUCGACCAUGUGUUCCCCCCACACUGCAAGCAGCUGGAUGUCUACCAUAGCAUUGUCACGCCCAUCAUUGACGAGGUCCUCCUGGGAUACAACUGUACAGUCUUUGCAUAUGGCCAGACAGGCACAGGUAAGACCUUUACGAUGGAAGGUGACCGCAGCGAGGACCCGACCAUCUCCUGGGAGGACGACCCUCUGGCUGGAGUCAUCCCCAGAACCAUGUAUCAUAUAUUUGAGAAGCUGCAGAAUCAGGAAGUUGAAUUCUCAGUGCGAGUGUCCUUCCUAGAGCUGUACAAUGAGGAGCUGUUUGACCUGUUGGGAUCCUCUGAGGAUCCACUGCGGCUCCGCAUCUACGAGGACAGCACAAAAAAGGGUUCUGUGAUUAUCUCUGGCCUAGAGGAUGUGGUUGUCCGCAGCAAGGAUGAGGUAUAUGCCAUCUUGGAGCGUGGAGCCCGCCGGCGCCAGACUGCCGCAACACUGAUGAAUGCUACAUCCAGUCGCUCCCACUCGGUUUUCUCUGUGACGAUCCACAUCAAGGAGAACACAGUAGACGGGGAAGAACUUCUCAAGACCGGGAAGCUGUACCUGGUUGACUUAGCAGGAAGUGAGAACAUUGGCCGAUCGGGAGCAGUUGACAAGCGUGCUCGUGAAGCGGGUAACAUCAACCAGAGUCUGCUGACGCUAGGACGUGUCAUCACCGCACUGGUGGAACAUGCACCUCAUGUACCCUACAGAGAGAGUAAGCUGACCCGUCUCCUACAAGACUCUCUAGGAGGUCGCACCAAGACGUCCAUCAUUGCCACCAUCUCCCCCGCCUCCUGUAACCUGGAGGAAACAUUGAGUACCCUGGACUAUGCUCAUCGUGCCAAGAACAUCACCAACAGACCGGAGGUCAACCAGAAACUGACCAAGAAGGCUCUCCUCAAGGAGUAUAACGAGGAGAUCGAGCGUCUGCGUCGGGAUCUCCAGGCAGUCCGAGAGAAGAACGGAAUCUACCUGGCCGAAGAAAACUAUGUUGCUAUGCAGAACAAAAUCAGUCAGCAGGAAGACGCUAUCCAGGAGUUUGAAGAGAAAAUCACAGCUCUCACAGAGGAGAUGACGACGUUGUCGGAGCUGUUCACGGACACGAAGAAGGAGUUGGAGGAGACAUCGGAGCAGCUGACUGUGACAACCAAGAACCUGGAGGAGACGACAACAACACUGCAGGAGACGCAGGUGACCCUGAAACACACGACGCAGGACCGUGACGAGCAGCAGUUCCUGGUGGGAGAGCACGUGAAGACAGAAGACAAUCUGUACACUGAGGCCACACAGCUGCUGACCACGGCCGAGUCGUCGACGUCCGACGUGAGCGGUCUACAUGCCAAGCUGGACAGGAAGCGGGCAGUGGAAGCCCACAACGAGGAGAGUCAGCUGACCUUCCAGGAUCGGUUCUGUAACGACAUCAGCAACAUGCGCAACUCUGUAAACACCUUCCUCUCCCAGCAGGACUCCUUCAAGGCCAGGGCACUCAGCAACAUAGAAACGAUGUUGAGCCGAGGCAAAUCCCAGGCAGACAGUUUGACGUCCCAAAUGACCGGUCUGGUGUCCCUACUGGGUACACAUGUGAAGACAGUCGACGCCCAUACUCAGCAGGGUCACGAGGACAGCCUCAGUACCCUCUCCCACAUCCAGGAGGCAGUACAGUCCUCCAAGACAGCAGAGGUGUCAGCUCUGGGUUCUCUGGCGCAGACUGUGGUUGUGUCCUCACUCACCGAGCUGCAGAACGACAUGAAACAACUCAGCUCAUCUCUCAGCUCACUGGCCGAGUUUGUGCAGCAACAGCGAGAGAGUCAGGCUGAGCUGAUCAAGGCUCACACACAGAAGCUCCACACAGACCUGAGUGCCAUCACAGACACUGUGAGGAGUUAUGAGAAGAGCCAGCAAGAGAAGAUUGUGGCACUCCAAACACAAUCUCACCAUAAUGUGGCCUCUCACGACACUCUACAGCAUGACAUAGAGAAGAAACUGAAGGAGCUGACUGACCUCAUACACAACAAGCACACACACGUUGCCCAGUACAACACACAGGUGACAGAGGCGUUGGGAUGCAGACAGGAAGAUGUGACUGAGUUGUCCACCAGUGUACAGAGUGCUGUAGAUGGGGCCACCACAGCCUCCUCCGCCAGUGCAGACAAUCUACAGAGUCAGCUGCUCAGCUGUGAGAAGUCAACAUGGGAACAGAUUGACAAGAUGUGUUCUAACCUAGAAGAAAAUGAAAAGAAAGCCGAGAAACUACAGACAGAUAUUACAGACAACCUGAAGCAGAGAUGUCAGGCCUGGGAAAACCACAGCGGUGAGACAACUGCAACGCUAGACAAGCACAGAACAACACAGCAGGAGAACCUGAAACAACAUCUCAACAACACACAGUCCCUGGCUGCAGCAGUGACGGAGGUGACAAGUCGGGUGUCUACAUGUGUCGGGGAGAAUCUAGAGAGAGAAGUGUCCGAGCUAGGUCAGCAGAGGACGUGUGUGGACGAGCAACACACAGGGACGACGACGUUCAGUCAGACCCACACGGAUGAGCUGCAGGCCAGGCUGGGUGAUGUGAACAAGUUCCUCGCGGAGGAGAUCCACAAAGACAUUCCUACAGGUCAAACCCCCCAGAGGCGAGACUUCAGCUACCCCCGGGCCCUUAGUAAGACUGACCCCCAUGAUGCCUUGCUCAAAGAGUUCCGAGACAAUCAACAACCUGACCCCCUCGCGGUCAGUCUGUCCGAUGCCCUUGCAGCAGCCGAGGAUGACAAGAUGAUCAGCUCACCAGAACCUGAGGAUGUGAAGGACAUAUCUGACAGCCUGAGUGAUGCCGGCAGCGACCUCUCCACCAACUCCAACACAUCCGGCAUCUCCACGCUCAGUGACAAGAGUCGGGUUUCGAACAAAGAAAACAAGCAGCGAAUGAAGCCACCGAGCUCGUCCAGAGUGAAGAAGAACAUCACAACACGGACCCCCAACAAAACCCUCACCCCCCAGAACAAGACCAAGCUACCCCUGAGGCAGGGCAACACUCCCACCUCAUAAACACAAACAUCUUCUGUCGUCUCAUUGUUUAAGAACGUUUAUGCAUCUUCUAGCUAUCUUUACAUGCGAUUCAAGUCUUAUCAAGUCUUAUCAGCAAGUGAUGUGCACAUGGUGGAGUUAUGACCCUGAACUACAGCAUACACCCCACCAGGGACAACAUUGGUCAGACCGUGAAGGUUUCUGUUUUCAAGCCUCAUUUGACAUGACUGCACAAAAUGUUGAAACACGAUGACAUCCACAGUCACAAAACUCUUGGCCUAAGAUUGCAUCCACAUCAAAAGAACUUUGAAUCUUUCCUGAUGUCUUUUCUGAGGUAUUCUGUUAAGAUUGUGAUGCCAGGGCCCAACUGCACAAAGCGAUCUUAGCGCUACGAUUAUCACAAUUCCUAUACUUUAACAUAGAAUUACGACAGUCCUAGAGUUACGAUUGCUUUGUGAAACAGGGCCCCGGGUUCCAUUCUUAAAAGUGGUCUUAGCGCUACGAUUAUCACAAUUCCUAUACUUUAACAUAGAAUAACGACAAUUAUAGAGUUACGAUUGCUUUGUGAAACAGGGCCCCGUUCCAUUCUUAAAAGUGGUCUUAGCGCUACGAUUAUCACAAUUCCUAUACUUUAACAUAGAAUUACGACAAUCAUAGAGUUACGAUUGCUUUGUGAAACAGGGCCCCGGGUUCCAUUCCUAAAAGUGGUCUUAGCGCUACUACUAUCACAAUUCCUAUACUUUAACAUAGAAUUACGACAAUCAUAGAGUUACGAUUGCUUUGUGAAACAGGGCCCCGGGUUCCAUUCCUAAAAGUGGUCUUAGAGCUACGACUAUCACAAUUCCUAUACUUUAACAUAGAAUUACGACAAUCAUAGAGUUACGAUUGCUUUGUGAAACAGGGCCCUGGGUUCCAUUCCUAAAAGCGGUCUUAGCGCAGCAUCAAUCAAAACUCUCAUACCUUAACAUAGUCUUACGAUAGUCAUACCGCUAAGAUCGCUAUGUGGAAUGGACACAGGACUACUUUGUCAUCAAUACAUCCCUGCUGGUACACACUAUUUUCCUCCUCCACAUGGAGCAAGGAAGUGUAUACAAGCCUGUGAAGUAUUAGCUAUGCUUUGUCCAAUACCUAUCGUGUCCCCCGCCGUGAUAUUGCUGGAAUAUUGCUAAAAGCGGCGUAAAACCAUACUCACUCACUCACUCACUCCAAUACCUAUCUGUUCAACUCCUGUCUUCCUAUCCCUUCCUACUUCAGCUCUAUUACUCUGUAUCAUAUUGUAUAAAGCAUAUCGUGCAUGCAUUGCCAUUAUUUAUAUGUCUCCUAUAAGGUCCUGUAAAUAUCACCAUUGCUCAUCGUAGUCGGCUGGAAGCAGGGUUAGUUAAGACCUGGGUGCCGUUGUACAAAACAGCCUUAGCCCUACGACUGUCGUAAGUGGUUAAGGUAUGGGAGUUACGAUCACCUUAGUGCUAAGAUCGCCUUGUACAAUGGCACCCUGUUCCAGUUCUUUAUUAAUCUGUUGAUGCAUGUAAUAGAUAAUUAUGAAAAUGUAUUAAAAUAAAGGAGACAGCUUGAACUGGUUGUCUUGAAUAUGGCCAUACUUAAGUUUCAUGCCGACCUUGUGUCAACUUGGUGUGCAGAUGUAGGUCAAAUUCCGUCGAUGGAUUUACUGGUCAUCAAAUAUUAUCCAUUUUGUUUACUAUAUUUUAGAUGUAAGCUCAGUUUACUCUUUUAAUUCAAUUUAUUUGUAUUAAGACAUUUUUAUUAUAAGCUUGUUUUUUUAUGCUAUCAUGUAGAAUUUUAAGUAAAUGUGAUUUGUGUCUCUAUUCUUAACUUUUGGCUAAUUGCAUGAUCAAUGUAAAGUCAAAGUGAUUAAUUUGUAUGGGAGUGUUGAAUGGGAAAUGUACAUAAACAACAUGAAAUGGUUAAGUCAGAGACCAGUUAGGCUGAAAAAAAUUAAAGAAUUGGUUCUCAGGCAAUGGCUUUUAAAAAUAUUGUGCGAGCGGGCAGUGUUUUUUUGUUGUUCAAACUAGAAUGUUACCAAAUUUUGUUUACAAUAAUUUUGGCGAAUUUUGUUGUUCCUAAGCAUUGAAGUAUUUCACUGCUGGGGUUGUGUGUUCUUCGAGACGCAGAAUAUUUAAAGAUUUAUUAUUAUUCUUAAAAUGGAAAUAAAAACAAAAAGUGAUGAUGCAGGCGAUGCCUGGGAACCAAGACUAUUUAUUUUUAACCUAAGGUACUUAAUUUAAACGUAAGGCUGAAACUAAAGGAUAAAAGCAGCAGCGUUUGAUCCUAUCUAUACUGUCUGGGUUUGAGCCUAACAGACAAGAGUUGUGUCCCUUGAUUGACACACCAUGAUAGAGACUUGUUCUGACAUGCUUACAUAUUUAGUGGAGCAGGUGAUCUAAAUAUAGACGGACUGCUGCAUCAGAGUAGCAGAUUACCAAACAAUGUGUCCAUGUUUGUAUAAAACCAAAUGUGUGUAUUAAAAUGACCUUGCCAAAGAACAUGAUUCAUCAAAAGGUGAUGACCUUGAUAAUGAUGGCACAACAUUAAUAUUGAAAUUAUCUCUAGGACACAUCAAGCCAGGCUCGGUCGGUCUCGUUGUGAUACGCUGCAUAAAUGCUGGAAGCAUUUACGGUACUCAUAUUGUUAAUUUAUCACACUAAGGAAUAGUAUAAAGCUGACCUGAGAUCAUUUUCAGUAAUGUCAUGUCAAAAUGAACUAAUUUGUUAUGAUGAAUCUUAUUAAACAACAUAUAUAUUCUA